AUGGCUGCCAGAGCCAAGCGAUCGACACAUUUAGAAGCAUGGUCAGUCAUGAUUCUGUGCGUCUGGGGCUCCGGACUUAUUGCAACCACGACAUGUGAUGAUGUUAAACACUUUACAGCCACCGAUUCGUGCCAACCUCCUGCUAUGGAGUUCGAUAUCGAGAACAUUACGAAAGGAUCAUGGACGUUCACAGAGAAAAGCAAGAACUGUGUGGGGAGUGUUGAUGGUUCGGCUGGCAGCCUCUCCAACUGUACCUAUACCAUGGCGUUCUGUCAAAUGUUACCCAACUGUAGCAGCGGUAGUAUGUGUGUAGAAACGUUCAACGCAACUGGUAAAAAUGACACUACCAAGCUUGUGCAAGGAGGCUAUGUGGCAAACCCAUUCAGUGUCACAGAUACCUCUCUCAAUGGUGGAUUUCUAGCACGUUUUACUAAGGGAAGUAACUACACGAAAUCAAAUGGCACCUGGUGUCAGUUGUCUGCAGACAUCAACUUUGAAUGUAACAGGAUGCAAUACUGGGUUCCUUAUGAAGGCAGAGAAACAACAUCUGUUCCACAGAAUGCCCUGAAACUAGUGAAAUUUGACAAAGAAAGAUGUCAGCUGCAGGUAACAGUUGAGUAUGCCGGUGCCUGUAUCAGCAUCACUCCAGCCACUGCCAUUUCCGAGACCUUGUCUGCUGGAACAGUGCUUAUCAUCAUAUUUUUUGUAUCCCUGGCUGUGUAUUUUUCUUGUGGCAUCCUCAUAAAUCUAUUACGAGGAUUCCACGGAAAGGACCUUCUACCACAGUCAGAGUUCUGGACACAGCUUCCAGUUCUUAUUGCUGAUGGAUUUCUUUUCACCUGCUGUUGUAAAACUGAGGAAAAAGAUGGUUAUGACAGUAUUUGAUAAUUCCAGAUGAUGUCAAAGUAUGGAAAUAUAUGUUAAUUGAGGAAAGAAAUAGUCAAAGAAUUGUGAUACUGUGAACACAGGAAAAGUUCUACUGAUGGAGGGGACAGGAAACGUAAGACACUACUGGCCCCCAAAGAUAUGUGAUACUGGAAAUGCAGGGAACUUCAUACUCAUGAAAUGAGUCAUGAAAUAGACGGCGAAAAAGAAUCUAUCCAAUCGCUAUUCUUUAUAGACUAUACACCAGACUUUAGAUUAUCCAAUGAAAUGGUUGCAUAAUAUAGUAUAUAUCCUAGAUUGUGAUAAAGCCUGCGAUCUUGUUGAUGUCGUUAAGUUAUAGAAGUUAAAUGCACACAUUUUUUUCCAAUAUACACACUGGUUGUAAAGAUACAUUUUUUUACUGUUGAAUUGUUCAGUGAUUUGUUGAUUUGCUUUACGACAAACUGAUGUUACAAGUAAUGUAGUAUAUAAAGUUGCUUGGUUCAAUUAUAACACAUAUAAAAACCUAUAUCUCAAUACAGGAUGUACAUUGUAUGAUGUUCAAAGUCUAAAAAAGGUUGUUGUGCAAAUACUAAUAUGAUUGAUGAAGGAAACUUUUAAUACUACA